UCCACGUCCCAGCAGUGAUCUUAUGGGCGUCCCACCACACAAAGGGGAAGGAAACAGAGCUCGGGUCUUGGAAAGGAAAAAGAAGUGAGACAACUCUGGAGUAAGAAGCGGGGGAAUUUCAGUAGAGAAGCGCAGAUCUCACUAGUCAACGUAAAAGGAGGAGGAAGGAAGGAAGAGUGGGGCAAGGAAGUGGCCCAGGUUGGGUAACCAGGGAGUUUCUCACUCUUGUAGCCUAGUGUAAUAGAAGACAUGAGACCAGACUGCUUCCUGCGUGAAGCCCAACUGCCCACGAGAAAGGACUGCUCUUAUGGUGAGUUGGACUUCUCGCUCUGGAGAGAGACCAGACAGAGGCUAGCCUCCACCAUGUGGAACACCACCGACACCACCUUCUCCUGCCACCACGAGUCCGUGUUGCACUAUCGCUACUUUGCCGUUAGCUGGGGAGUAGUGGUGGCUGUGACAGGCACUGUGGGCAAUGUGCUCACCCUGCUGGCGUUGGCCAUCCAGCCCAGGCUCCGAACCCGCUUCAACCUGCUCAUCGCCAACCUCACACUGGCGGAUGUGCUGUACUGCACCUUCCUUCAGCCCUUCUCCGUGGACACCUACCUCCACCUGCACUGGCGCGCUGGUGCCACUUUCUGCAGGGUGUUUGGGCUUCUCCUCUUCACUUCCAACUCUGUCUCCAUCCUCACCCUCUGCCUCAUUGCGCUGGGUCGCUACCUCCUCAUCGCCCAUCCAAAGCGCUUUCCCCAAGUUUUCAGUGCCAAGGGGAUAGUGCUGGCACUGGUGGGCACCUGGGUGGUGGGUGUGGGCAGCUUUGCCCCCCUCUGGCCUGUUUAUGUCUUGGUACCUGUAGUCUGCACCUGCAGCUUUGACCGCUUGAAAGGCCGGCCUUACACCACCAUCCUCAUGGGCAUCUACUUUGUCCUGGGGCUCAGCAGUGUUGGCGUCUUCUAUUGCCUCAUCCAUCGCCAGGUGAAGCGAGCAGCAAAAGCACUGGACCAGUACAAGCUGCGGCAGGCAAGCAUCCGCUCCAACCAUGUGGCAGGGACAGAUGAGGCCAUGCCUGGUCAUUUCAAGGAGCUGGACAGCAGGCUGGCGUCAAGAGGGCCCAGUGACGGGAUUUCCUCUGAGCCAGCCAGUGCUGCCACUACUCAGACCUUGGAAGAGGACUCAUCAGAAAUGAGGGAGCAGGGCAACAGCAAAGUGCCUAAGCACAUGGCAGAGAAAAGCCCUCCGGAAGGAUCUGCCAAGUCCCAGCCAACUAAAGGAGCCCGAAGAGCUCAGGACUCUCCAUCUGAGUUUGGGAAGGUGACCCGAAUGUGCUUUGCUGUGUUCCUCUGCUUUGUCCUGAGCUAUAUCCCCUUCUUGUUGCUCAACAUUCUGGAUGCCAAGGUCCGAGCUCCCCGGGUUGUUCACAUGCUCGCUGCCAACCUCACCUGGCUCAAUGGUUGCAUUAACCCUGUGCUCUACGCAGCCAUGAACCGCCAGUUCCGCCAAGCAUAUGGAUCCAUCUUAAAACGAGGACCCCAGAGUUUCCGUAGGCUCCGUUAGAACUGCAUCCCAUUGGUGGAAUCUAGGCCCGUCUUCUUCAGAACCAAAGGACUGGUAAAAGUGACACCAGUGGGCAUUUUCACAGACAACCUCUCCAUCCCCCAAAUGGAAGUUUCUCCAUCUUCUGAUCAAUAUUUCAGCCAUAGCCUACCCAAGGAGUACUGUCAAUUAUUAAUAAAUAAAUUACAUGCCUUUAAUGGUCAGG